AUGACUGCUCAAGUAACACUGGAGGAUGCUUUGUCCAAUGUGGAUCUCUUGGAAGAAUUACCAUUGCCAGAUCAGCAACCGUGUAUUGAACCCCCACCAUCAUCUCUGCUUUACCAGCCAAACUUUAACACUAAUUUUGAGGACAGAAAUGCAUUUGUCACAGGCAUUGCAAGAUACAUUGAGCAAGCUACAGUCCAUUCUAGCAUGAAUGAAAUGCUAGAAGAAGGUCAAGAAUAUGCAGUCAUGUUAUACACAUGGAGAAGCUGCUCAAGAGCCAUUCCUCAGGUCAAGUGCAAUGAGCAGCCUAACAGAGUAGAAAUUUAUGAGAAAACUGUGGAAGUUCUGGAGCCAGAAGUCACAAAACUGAUGAAUUUUAUGUAUUUUCAGAGAAACGCAAUUGAACGGUUUUGCGGGGAGGUGAGGCGCCUGUGCCAUGCAGAGAGGAGGAAGGACUUUGUGUCUGAAGCAUAUCUGAUUACCCUCGGCAAAUUCAUCAACAUGUUCGCAGUACUGGAUGAGUUGAAAAAUAUGAAGUGCAGUGUGAAGAACGACCAUUCAGCCUACAAGAGAGCUGCUCAGUUCCUGCGCAAAAUGGCAGAUCCUCAGUCCAUCCAAGAAUCUCAGAACCUCUCCAUGUUCCUUGCCAACCACAACAAGAUCACACAAUCUUUACAGCAGCAGUUGGAGGUGAUUGUUGGCUAUGAAGAGCUGCUUGCAGAUAUUGUGAAUUUAUGUGUGGACUACUAUGAAAACAAAAUGUAUCUAACACCCAGUGAGAAGCAUAUGCUUUUGAAAGUUAUGGGCUUUGGAUUGUACCUGAUGGAUGGAAGUGUCAGUAACAUCUACAAGCUGGAUGCAAAGAAAAGGAUAAACUUAGCCAAGAUAGACAAGUACUUUAAGCAGUUGCAGGUUGUCCCACUCUUUGGUGACAUGCAGAUUGAACUUGCAAGAUACAUUAAGACCAGUGCCCAUUACGAGGAAAAUAAAUCCAGGUGGACGUGCACAUCUUCCAGCAGCAGUCCCCAGUACAAUAUAUGUGAGCAGAUGAUCCAAAUCAGAGAAGACCAUAUGCGUUUCAUAUCAGAACUGGCUCGUUACAGCAACAGUGAGGUGGUGACUGGGUCUGGUCGACAGGAAGCUCAGAAAACAGACGCAGAGUAUCGGAAGCUCUUUGAUCUCUCUCUCCAAGGCCUGCAGCUUCUCUCCCAGUGGAGUGCACAUGUCAUGGAAGUGUAUUCGUGGAAGCUGGUACACCCAACUGACAAAUAUUCUAAUAAAGAUUGUCCUGACAAUGCAGAAGAAUAUGAAAGAGCAACAAGAUACAAUUAUACCAGUGAGGAAAAGUUUGCUUUGGUUGAGGUGAUUGCCAUGAUCAAAGGUCUUCAGGUGCUUAUGGGAAGGAUGGAAAGUGUUUUCAAUCAUGCCAUUCGCCAUACCAUUUAUGCAGCUCUUCAGGACUUUGCCCAGGUCACACUUAGAGAGCCAUUAAGACAAGCUAUUAAGAAGAAGAAAAAUGUCAUUCAGAGUGUUUUGCAGGCCAUCAGAAAGACAGUCUGUGACUGGGAAGCUGGUCACGAGCCAUUCAAUGACCCAGCUCUCAGGGGAGAGAAGGACCCAAAAAGUGGUUUUGACAUCAAAGUCCCAAGGCGUGCAGUGGGACCCUCUAGCACUCAGCUUUACAUGGUGAGAACUAUGUUAGAGUCCCUCAUUGCUGACAAAAGUGGUUCCAAGAAAACCUUGAGAAGUAGCCUUGAGGGGCCCACCAUAUUGGACAUAGAAAAAUUCCAUCGCGAGUCUUUCUUCUACACUCAUUUGAUAAAUUUCAGUGAAACCCUGCAGCAGUGCUGUGAUCUGUCCCAGCUAUGGUUCAGGGAGUUCUUCUUAGAGCUGACCAUGGGCAGAAGAAUCCAGUUUCCCAUUGAGAUGUCCAUGCCUUGGAUUCUGACGGACCAUAUUUUGGAGACCAAAGAGGCAUCAAUGAUGGAGUAUGUUCUGUAUUCUUUGGACCUGUAUAAUGACAGUGCUCAUUAUGCACUUACUAAAUUUAAGAAGCAGUUCCUCUAUGAUGAGAUUGAGGCAGAGGUAAACCUGUGUUUUGACCAAUUUGUCUACAAGCUGGCAGACCAAAUAUUUGUGUAUUACAAGGCAAUGGCUGGCAGCCUGCUUCUGGAUAAACGGUUACGUUCGGAAUGCAAGAAUCAGGGAGCCACCAUCCAGUUGCUGCCGUCCAACCGCUACGAGACUCUGCUGAAACAGAGACAUGUCCAACUCCUUGGUAGGUCAAUAGAUCUGAACCGACUGAUCACUCAGCGGAUUUCAGCCGCCAUGUACCGGUCAAUGGAAUUGGCAAUUGGUCGAUUUGAAAGUGAGGAUUUGACUUCCAUUGUGGAGCUAGAUGGCUUGAUAGAGAUAAACAAAUUGACUCACAAGCUUCUGAGUAGGUAUAUGACCUUGGACAGCUUUGAUGCCAUGUUCAGAGAGGCCAAUCACAAUGUGUCAGCCCCUUACGGAAGAAUCACUCUUCAUGUCUUUUGGGAACUCAAUUACGAUUUCCUUCCAAACUACUGCUACAAUGGAUCCACUAACAGGUUUGUUCGGACUGUGCUUCCAUUUUCUCAGGAGUUUCAGAGAGAUAAGCAGCCUAAUGCACAACCGCAGUAUCUCUAUGGAUCAAAGGCAUUGAAUCUGGCAUAUUCCAGCAUCUACAGCAACUACAGGAAUUUUGUUGGUCCACCUCACUUUAAAGUCAUCUGUCGACUUCUUGGGUAUCAGGGCAUUGCUGUGGUGAUGGAGGAGCUGCUGAAAGUUGUCAAGAGCCUGUUACAAGGGACGAUUCUUCAGUAUGUCAAGACCCUAAUGGAAGUGAUGCCUAAGAUCUGUAGGUUACCAAGACAUGAGUAUGGUUCUCCAGGUAUCUUGGAGUUUUUUCACCAUCAGUUGAAGGACAUUGUUGAAUAUGCAGAGCUGAAGACUGUCUGCUUCCAGAAUUUGCGGGAAGUGGGAAAUGCCGUCCUGUUUUGCCUCCUCAUUGAACAAAGUCUGUCCCUCGAGGAAGUGUGUGACUUGCUGCACGCGGCACCGUUCCAAAACAUCCUGCCCAGAGUUCACGUCAAAGAGGGUGAAAGACUUGAUGCUAAAAUGAAGAGACUAGAAUCAAAAUAUGCUCCGUUACAUUUGGUUCCUCUGAUUGAAAGACUAGGCACACCCCAGCAAAUAGCCAUCGCGAGGGAAGGGGACUUGCUGACCAAGGAGCGCCUCUGCUGCGGGCUGUCCAUGUUUGAGGUGAUCCUGACCAGGAUCCGCUCCUUCCUGGAUGACCCUAUCUGGCGCGGGCCCCUGCCCAGCAACGGGGUGAUGCACGUGGACGAGUGUGUGGAAUUCCAUCGCCUCUGGAGCGCCAUGCAGUUCGUCUACUGCAUCCCUGUGGGAACACACGAGUUCACGGUGGAGCAGUGCUUUGGAGAUGGCCUGCACUGGGCAGGCUGUAUGAUCAUCGUGCUUUUGGGGCAGCAGCGCCGCUUUGAUGUGCUGGAUUUCUGCUACCACCUGUUGAAAGUCCAGAAGCAUGAUGGCAAAGACGAGGUUAUAAAGAACGUGCCCUUGAAGAAAAUGGUUGAGAGAAUUCGCAAAUUCCAGAUUCUGAAUGAUGAAAUAAUUGCUAUUUUGGACAAGUAUUUGAAGUCCGGCGAUGGGGAGAGCACACCCGUCGAACACGUGCGCUGCUUCCAGCCACCUAUUCAUCAGUCCCUUGCCAGCAACUAGACCUCCCACCCCGUGAUCCUUUUUGCACCACUUUAGGCUAAAAAGUAUGAGGGAAAAAAAACCCAACCAACAAAAAUGACACCAACAGUUUCAAGGAAUACUCUGGUCUGCAUUUUUUGGCGUUGUCUGUGCCAUUUGAGUGGUGCACUGUCCUCGUCAGCCUCCAAGCACAGUAACUGUACACAAUCUAGACUUAUUUUUCUAGACUAAAAUUUUAUACACUUUUGAUUAAAAACUUGCAACUGU